ACAUUCUGCAUCAUAUGAUCAUUUUAGUUAGUGAUUUUACAUCAUGAGACCUUUUGUGUUAUUGUCUACUUUAGUGGCACUGGCCAGUGCCAGACCUGAAGCAGGAUACAGCUACAGCGCCCCAUCUAACUCAUACGGAGCUCCAUCUGGUAGCGGUGGAGGCAUCGGAGGUGGAUUAGGAGGAGGACACGGUGGAGGUAGUUUUGGAGGUAGCGCAGGUCUCAUUGAAGCAGGUGGUCACGGCGGCAGUAUUGGAGGAGGCAGUGGAUUAGGAGGUGGAUUCAGUAGCGGAUUCGGAGGUGGUAUCGGCGGUGGAUCUGGAAGUGGAUUCGGAGGUGGUUUCGGCGAUGGUGCUGGUAGCGGAUUCGGUGGUGGAUUCGGAGGUGGUACUACUACCAUCCAAAAACACAUUUACGUUCACGUACCCCCACCAGAACCUGAAGAAUUCAAACCACAAAGACCAAUCCCUGUUGCUCAAGCUCAAAAACACUACAAAAUCAUCUUCAUCAAGGCACCAAGUGCACCUGCUCCAACUGCUCCAGUAAUUCCAGUCCAACCACAAAACGAAGAAAAGACUUUGGUCUACGUUUUGGUUAAAAAACCAGAAGAAGCUCCAGAAAUUACCAUCCCAACUGCAGCACCAACUCAACCCAGCAAACCUGAAGUAUACUUCAUCAAAUACAAGACUCAAAAAACAGCUGAUGGUGGUUCUGGAUUCGGAGGUGGUAUUGGAGGAGGAAUCGGAGGUGGUAUUGAAGGAGGAAUCGGAGGUGGUAUUGGAGGAGGAAUCGGAGGUGGUAUUGGAGGAGGAAUCGGAGGUGGUAUUGGAGGUGAUCUUGGAAGCGGUAUCGGAGGAGGAGAUGGACUCGGAGGUGGUCAUGGUUCCGGUAUUGGAGGUGGUCUUGGAUCAGGAAUCGGAGGUGGUAUCGGAAGUGGACAUGGAAGUAUUGGUGGAUCAAGUGGUGGUGUUUCUACCAGCUAUGGACCACCUGGUAAAUCCGGAUCUUACUAAAUAUUCUAAGACGGCGUCAAUCAAUCGUUGUACCAAAAUUUAUCCCAAACAAUUCUACUGCUUCCUUCAUAUUUACAAACUUAUAAUCAAGAUGGAUAAGUUCGAUGGUCGUUGCUGUUAUAGCUGAACAUCCACCCCCCCUUUAAACAGCUAAUGGUUAUCGGAAAUAUCUUUUAACGUACAGUUUGUUUAUGGAUAGAAGAAGUUAAGUUUUGAUUAAACUUUGGUCUUAUUUGAUAACGGUGAUGAAGGUUUUGUUCGAUUUGUGGACGCCGUUUUUUGCAAUUUGUUCAUUUGGACUUGUUGAUUUGUUUGAAAUUAUUUUUGAGGCAAUUUUUAUAAUUUUAUCGACAAUAAUUUCAUUAUGUAAAUAUUGUAUUAUUAGUGUAUGUUUUUAUAUAAUAUAUUUCAUAUAUUUUUGUAUAUUUUUUUUAAAAUACGG